AUGGGAACAGCCCUGCACAACACUAAUCUAAGCAAGAAUUGCACUUCUUUUGAUGUUACCAUAGUACGCUUUGGAGACUCUCUUAUGGUUCACAUGAGGUACGCAAAAGAAGAUGAUAACACAGUCAUUUGGGCUGUAAAAUAUGAAAUAGGCGAGAAAUUAGAUCGAGUUUUUAGCUUUAAACUGCAAGUGAAACAUGACAAGAAUGAUACAGUUGAGAACAUACAUGUUGGCAUUAGAGACAAGGCUGAUAAUGGAACUAAUAUCUUGGUCAAUAUCGUGCGUGUUGGUGGUGGUGAUGACCUUCAUGGAGGAAUAAGAAUAAUGGAUAUUAGAUGUUCGGGUGCAUACUCAACCUUUAAAAGCAAUGAACAAGAUUACUCGAUAGAAACUAAUAUUAUUUCAUAUGAUUGUUCUUAUAGAGACGGUUUAUUUGUUCUUCAAAUGAAGAAAAUGAACUACUCUGAUGACAUGGCAUACAUGGCGGCUAUGGCACACUACUAUGUCACCAAACCUGUUGGUCUAUAUGUUGAGGCCACAAUUUUUCGCAGUAAAGACAAAGGUUUUGUGGUUAAAGUGAACGGUCCUUUCAAAUACCAAAGUGUUUAUCUGGGCAGGAUUAAUGUAUCUAAUUUGUGCCACAUAUAUUUUAAUAUGAGUGAUGCUUUGGAUAUGUUUUGGUGA